AUGCAGUCCAUUGCCACGAAUCGCUAUGACAACCGACAGGAUGCUCGCGGCACGGCGGUUCCCUAUCCUCAACCUGCGUCUCCCACCCUGACCAACCCAGACAUGAUCCUGCCCGACUAUGACGGCCCCGAGACGUAUCACAGCCAGCCGCACACGGGCCCGUCGCUGUGGAAUAGCGGUCAUCACAUCGAGGAUGGCUUUCAGUUCACCCAGGAAUUCUACGCCAACCCCGAUCCCAUGUCAACACCAAUCAUCUACGGCAACGGGACCAUGCUUUCGGACAUUGGAGAGGUCACCGAGGUGGAGAGCGUCGUUGGUCCGAUACCGUCUCGAAAUGCGUCCAAGCGCUCAAACCACAGCUCGGGCGACGAAGGCCCGUUUCGGGCCUCGCUGACUGGGGGAAAGAGGUUCAUCCACCAGCGGCUUCAGCAGCAGCGCCAACAGCAGAACAAGGAUCGCGAGCGGAGGAUGUCGACCGAAUCGACCAGCACAGUCGGCACGCACGACGGCGGCGCCUUUGUCGACUUUGAUGACGCCGCCAGCCAGGGAGGCGAUAGUAUCUUUCAGGGCGAUGACGAGGAAAGCGUGGCAUCUGCAUACGUAGAGGGGACGCCUGCCUCACAGCAUCUGCGCGCCUUUGAUCAAAUGUCUGGCAGGAGAUUGAGUGAUGAUGGGACCUCCAUCAGCAAGCGGGCUGAGCAGAUUCUGGCCAAUGCUAAAAUGAGAUUAACUCAUAUGGAGGACAAUCUUACCCGAGCGAGAACCUUGAGCUAUUCAUCUGUGUCGGAUGGCUCAACACCAUCACCUACCACGGCAAGAGCUCCCACAUCCCUUCGCAAGCCGGGUAUAACGCCGUCCCCAACGAACCCCUCCAAGGGCACGAACGAAAACGGAGCUGCUUUCGGAGCGACUUAUGGAGCACAAAAGGUAUCGGGUUAUCCUCAACGUUCUGCCAGUGCCCUUGGCUCUGCAGGAGGCUAUCGACGGCCCUUGCCUACAUCUAGAAGUAUGGACGGCCUAGGGAGCACGUCGGCCCAAGGUACUCUGCCGCACUUCCAUUUCUACCACCUAGACAGCAAUUUGGAGCCCCUGGGCGAGGAUGGGAAUGCUGCUGGCAUGAAUGGGAACCAUAAUGGUUCACGGACGACCACCUUGGCGAGUCCUACGAUGGGAGCGUUUUCCGAUUUGGGACUGACUCGAUCCGCCUCGGCAUCCCAGAUGCGUGAUCUUCAGGAUCAGCUGAAGGGCUUGAAAGGAAAGAUAUCCACCCUAAAGGAGCAGGCGAAAGCAGAUAGCAUGAGGCGUCGCAGUCUUCAGAGCCUUCGCAUGCCGAGCCCCUUUACUAAUGCCACCUGGGAACCAGGUUUCGCGGACCCGCGUGGUGACCAUAGCAGCAGCAGCGACGAGAAGCUGACAGAGGUGGAAUAUGCCAAUGGGAACCCUGCCAAUGGUGAAAACGACUUUGAACUAAAUCAACCCGAAUAUGCGGCUGAACCUAUUGAAGAAGAAGUAGAAGAGGAAGAGGAGCAGGAGGAAGAGGAAGAGGAGGAGCAGGAAAGCGGAGAAGGAGAGGGAGAGGAAGGGGGAGCCGGUGUGAGUUAUGAGUAUCCUCAAACUCCCGAGCCCCAGGACAACUAUGAAGAAGGCUAUGAAGAAAGUGAAACGCCCAAAGGCCGAGCUUUGGCCAGCCCAUUGGACAUGAGCCAACAAGAAGUAGCCAACGGCAGCCGGAGUUCUUCGCCGGCCGAGAGCGUUGCUACCGAGUACACGGAAGCUGAAUCGAGCCCCGGGGCCGCCCAAGAUGGCUACUCCAGCGAGAGCGAAGAGUCGCUCUAUCACGAAUCUUUCCAGCAGCAAAUCUCCCACGAAGACCGAGAAGAUGCCUUUGAUUAUGAGCACUUCUUUUUGCACUCUGCCAUGGGCACCUUGGGAGGACGACGACUUCGCUCAGAAAGCGUGAGCUCAACGGGCUCGGCGGAAACGGCUCGUGGCCCAACACUGUCGCAUAAGAGGAGCAACAGCGCAGAUUCGACAGCGUCUAUCGACACGUUUGCCACGGCUGCCGAGGAUCCCGCGAGUCGUAGUUCAACGGCCCAGUCGGGGUACAGGGUCUAUACUGCGGCUGAUAUGUUUAAGUUUGGAGAUGCCCGAGAAAGACACGCGAGAUCAUUCCGAGAUUCUUCAGCAGACAGUGACAGAACUGUCUCUAGCCAAGUACACCAGCGGAGCAGCACGAUGACGAUGGCUCGGCCAACUAGCAACAGCUCGAUCAAAAAUAUGCACCGCCCGUCGUACUCGUCCUUCGAGUCGGUCGGAACAAACAGGAGCUUUCCACUCGUCAACAAGGCCAAGCUAAACGGCGGUAUCUUGACGCCCAGCGGCUCUCCCGAUGAAGGGCUGAAGCGGAUUAGAGACUCGCUAUUGACCGAUGCCUCGAGUAUUUACUCUCAAAACAGCAGCAAUGGCCGAGGCGGACAAUCACCUGCGCUUCAAGUCCUGUCCAAGGACGUCCAGUUUACGGUGGAACGACUGGUGGCAAGUCUCGGCAAGUGUGUUCUGGCGUUGGGUGAAGCGGACGGAGCUCAUCCCGGUGGCCAUGAGCUAUACAAACGGAGGAUCGAGGCAGCCCUGCGUGUCCUCGAGGGAGAGGUUGAGAUUCCUUGA